UUUCAAACUCGUUAUAUCUAAAUUAAAAUGGAAAACUGACCAAGUGCGAUAUUAGCUGGAAUACAAGGACAAAAUGGCAUCAUCGAGACAUUCUAUUUCAAUUGCCUCUGAUGAGAUACAUGAGUUUUCCUGCUCUGUGUGUAAAGAUGAACAUCUCAACAAAGAGGCCAAGUAUUUUUGUGGGGACUGCUCAAAAUUUUACUGUGACAAGUGCCUGACCUUCCAUGCCAAAAUACACAAACGCCAUGUUGUAUUAGGCCGCAAGGAUGAGGACAAGUGGGUGGGGCAGGGUAACACCCUGGCUUUAUGCCACCUACACCAUCCGAAUGUCCUGGAACUGCUGUGUGAGGAACACGAUGAGCUCUGUUGUCAACUCUGCGUUACAGUGAACCAUAGGAUGUGCAGAAGCGUCCGAUUGAUAUCUGACCUGGCCAGGGGCAUACAACAGACGGCUGACUAUAAGCAGCUUCCAGCCAACAUUACCAAGGUAACAGACAGCUUGAACCAGGUGAGAGAUGCUAGAAAGGAGAACCAGAACUCCCUGAAGACCUCAGGCAAGUCCAUGCUGACCAAGAUCAAGGAUCUGAGGAAGACUUUAAACCAGCUGCUAGAUGAGCUGGAGAAGAAGACAGUGGAACAAAUGAACAGUGUCCUGGCUGAACUGGAUAGGUCACUACAGAAGGACAUUGACCACUGUGAUCUCCUACAUGAUCAGCUCCAGGCCUUAAUGGACACCAUCCAAGCCCGGGGCAAGGACAGUGAGUCUAGCUCCUACAUUGGCUUCAGAAAUUGCCAGAACAAGAUGGCAGAGGCCAACAAACUGCUUCAAGAGAAGUCCGUCAAACCAGAGGCAACUGUCAAUUUUAAGCUGGACACGCAUGCUGAACAACUGUUGUCUGAUUUGCAGACACUGGCAAACAUCCAGAAGAAUCCUGAUCCACAGUUUGAACAGUCACCUGGUAAAAUCAUACAGUCCUCGGAUAAAUCAAAGGUUUACAAGGUGAAAGAGAAGAAAACAUUCAAAGUACAGUUAAAUACAGACAGUCAUGACUGUAAUGUUGUUGGUAUGACAGAACUUCCAGGUGGAGAGAUUGUUCUGGUAGACUUUAACAAUUCUAGAGUAAAGGUGUUAGACAGCAAAUACAAAGUGACAGCCCACUAUGCCCUCCCUGAGUAUCCACGGGACAUCUGCAACAUCUCAGACCAUCAGGUGGCAGUAGCUGUGGACGGGCACUAUUCCGUCAGACAUGAGGUCCACUUCCUCACUGUGUCAGCUGACACCAUCAAGAUGACCAGGAUGUUCUCAGUUGACCAUUACUGUAACUCCAUCAGGCACCAUGAGGGUCAGGUGUAUGUGGGCUCCCUCACUGCCCUGUACCAAUACACAACAGAAGGUAGGCUGGUCAAGAAAGUAUAUCAAGACACUUCUGCCAAAGUUACAGUGAACCGCUAUGCCUUCAACACUGAUGGAAACCAGAUAUACAUAUCCGCCUCUUCCCUCAGAAAGGUUGUCACAAUUGACACCCAAGGCAACAUUCUGGCCACCCUGCAGGACCCUGACUUGGAUUGGCCUUACAGUAUACAUGCAAGUGAGGGUAAACAUGUGUUUGUAAGUUCAACUAAAUCCAGUACAGUGGUGCAAGUUGACCAAGAAGGCAGGAAGAAGCUGGCCACACUGGUCAGGAAGGGCGAUGGCAUCAACAAUCCAAGUUCAAUCUGGUACAGCACCAACCCCAGCAGGCUUAUCGUUGGGGGAAAACAAAAUGACAUUCUGGUGAUGAAACUUAAGUAGACAUUGUCAGAGGAAAAAGCAUGCAGUUAAAAAAUUGUGCUUACCAGCUGAAUGGUUGCUUUUAGAAGAAACCACCAUGUUUAUCAAUACCUACACAUGUAUAUUCAUAACCAGUUUCAGCAGUUUCAAUCUUUUAAAUUCUUAUUGUUCAGGAUGUCCUAGAUGUUUCAAUCACUUCAAUGAUUCUACAAUGUCAUGAACAUCGUGCAUCAACUCUUGUCUAUCAAAUUGUUAUAAAGAAGUCAUCAAUCUUUUCUGUAUUAUAUUUAUUCAUUACAUUAUAACACAUAAUUGUGACAUAUUAAUCACUUUGUAAGUCUUAGACAUUACUUUUGAUAGUACUAUAUUUAAGGUAGCACACCCCUAAUGAAAACCUCCACUUGAAACUCUUCAAUUUUAAUGCUUUAGUAUAAUUAUGGCUAUUUCAGUACAGUAUGAUUAUAUUUGUUGGUGAUGUGAUCAAUAAUGUAUUACUUCUGAAAGCAAAUAUAUUUCUUGUUACUCUGAUACCAAAUUAUUACCAAAAUGUAAAAAAAAAAUUGAAAUAAAGGAUUGUUCUUGUCUCUCGGGUGAUGUCUUUUUCAUCUGGAUAAGGUUAAAAAUUUGGAUAAGGUUAAAAAUGAGAUUGAUGCAGUUUUAUGCAUGUUUGCUGUUUAUGAUAUGUGUGUAUGUUGGGUAUAACCAUUCGGUAUGUUGAAUGUAUAUGGGUACACUUAAUCAUCAUUUUAUACCGCUCUUAUCAAGGAGAUUGGUGAUGAUGUUAUUAUUAACAAACGAUGAAUGAUAAAAUAAGUUUAUCACCAUAUUCUAUUAUCAACGUUUAAUGUUAUCUGGCCUUUAUCUUUCACUAACUUAUGACUAUGAAAUCUUUAAACCUUUGAUCAGCAUAGCGUCCAAAAAAAAUUGUUAGUGUUUCAUAUUAUUUUUGUUGAAUGGGAUGGCAGUAAUUUUGCCAUAAAUUUAUUACAGUAUUUUUCAAAUAUGCUGAAAAUAAUUAUGGUAUGGUUGGUAACUCAAGUCAGCCAUUAUAUUUUUCCAUUAAUAUUUAAAUCAGGACCAGUAGACAAAAUAUAACUUGAUACACUACGCCACUCACAUGAAUUUAUCAAAUUAUACAGGGUCAGGGUUAGCAGAUGUACAACUGAUAUGUAGUUCUGGAUGUCAUCAUUUAAAAAAAAUAUGAAUAAACAUGUACAUUGUUAAGUGUGUUAAAUGUAAAAUCAUUUAAACUGCAGUUUUGAAAUGUUAAAUAUUUGUGUGUAUAUAAAACAUAUUAAAUAUUCUAGUAUAAAACAA